GUUUGGUGCUUUGGAAAGUGUGAAAGCUGCCAGUGAACUCUACUCUCCUGUGUCAGGAGAAGUAACUGCAGUUAAUGAAGUGCUUGCAGAAAAUCCAGGACUUGUCAAUAAAUCUUGUUAUGAAGACGGAAGAAGAUGUUAAAAGCUAAUCAGUCAUCCUAGUAAUGGAUCUCUGUCAGGAAAAUGAGACUGAUUUAGAAAAUAAUGAAAGUAAAACCACAGAAGCCAUUGAAGAAACCUUUACUUGUCCAGAUGAAAGAAGAGCAAAGAGCCAUGUGUGCUGUCUUCUCCAAAUCAGUGACAUUACUUUCCAAGAAGACAGAAGAGUCAAUGAGUUCGUCAUUGGCACUGGGUGGGAAGAAGCUGUCCGUGGCUGGGGAAGGACUUCUCCAGCUGCCUGCAUCUGGCCACGGAAGAAACUGAAAAAGGCAAGAGCAGGGGAAGGUUCCGGCAGUGGCUGCUUGCAGUGUGUCAGCCUCUCUCAGGUGAACCUGGAGGCCAAGCCUUCCCUGGAGGCCAGAAGGUGGGAGACAAAGGCCGUGGCUGACCUUGGCCCCGGCCUCGGCCCGGAGAAGAAUUGGAAUGCUUCCUCCCAGAUCCCAGGGCCCUCCCAGGUCCCUAGCACUGCUCCCAGGGAGAGUAACAGAAUCUGCUUUCCCAACUACAUUCAUGGAGAAAAAAAAAGUCUGCAAAUCAAGGAGUUUAUCUGGUGCCUGGACGAAUGGGACACUCCCGAGGGGCUUAGCGGCAAGGCGUCCCGGAGUCCCAGCAGGGGCACAGGCUCCGACAGGGGGUUCUCCCUCUCCCACGCUCUGACCUCCAAGGCCCUCCUAGUCCUGCCUCCCCUGAGAGCUAGCCCCCCCAGCAGUGUGGAUGUUCUGGGUAAGAACAGUAAGAACGUCUUCUGGCAGUCAGACGAGAAGGUGGUGAGAGGGGAGAAGGAUGAGUGUGUGGCUCAUGGCUAUGGAUUGAAAACAGUAGACGGGAAAGGUGACAAGAGACACUUUGAGCUGACCAAGCGCCUCGUGCUCACCAAGGGGGCCUCCUUCUCUCCGCACGUGGCCCCGACAAACCUGCUGGCCGACUCCGAGCCGUGCUGCCUGCGAUGGUCCCUCCUGACCGAGAGGAGCUCCGGGUGUCCUCCCAACCCCAACGGCGUCCACUACUUGGCCACGUUGCAGCUUUUGCAGAAAGAAGGACUACAAAACUACAGGUCCACGUUGAAGGCCAAGGACCCGAGACCUCUCAGGAACCCCCAGAGGCACCUUCUGGCAAAGACCAAACAGGAAAGCAGUCCCCAAGUGCUGGAGACCAAAGUGUUCCCAAGACCUCUCUUGCCGUCCCUCACCCCCAGUCGACUUGCCAGCAAACCUUAUUACAGACUGGAAAUGGUGAACAGUUCUUUCGGAGCCAGGUUCCCAUCAGCUUCCUCUGGAUCCUGGCCCUUCCAGUAUGAAGUGAAGAAAAAAACACAGGAAAAAAGAAGAUAAAGUAGGAGAGGGAUCAGUUACACAUUCAUUCCUCAGCAGCAUGGUCCUAAAACCAUAUUCCACCCCGGACAUGGGAAAGGCAGUGGACCACCAGAAAGCAGACAGUAGCGUACUAUAAGCAGCAAGAAGACCCGGAAGCUCAGAGGAGCUCUGACUCAUAUCAUUCCAAUAAGCUUGCUCCUGUAGGCUAACACGAGCAAAAAAGUCUUUGCAUUGAGCAAUUUGCACUGACAAGACAUAAUUGUCUGUUGAGGUUAUACACAUACUUUUGAGAAUAACAAGCCCUCUUGGUGCUGUUUCAACUUUUAUUUUUUGAGACACUUGAUUAUUUUACUGAUAAAAUGAAAAAGAUCAUUUGUUUUACUUAUUUAUUGGUUCUUUCCUGUAGCCUGUGGCCUGUAAUAUUGUUUCCGAGUAGAAUCUCAAGAAUUGAUGGAGGGGUUGUGGCAAUAAGUUCCUCUUAGGCCAAGCUGUGAAGUUUGUGGAUCUAUUACAAAGUUACAAAUACUUUUAU